GACGACGAGCUCGCGUCCGUCGUCUGCUUCGGCGCGAUGGCUUCCGCGAUCGUGGGGAUCCAGUACUACAACGGCAUCGUGUCGCGCAAAGAGCAGGUCACGCUGCAUCGCGAGCCGCGGAACCAGUACGACCGGAACGCGCUGCGAGUGGACAACGUCCGACGCGAGCAAGUCGGGCACAUCCCGCGCGACGUCGCGGCGCAUCUCUCGCCUCUGAUCGACGCGAAGAAAAUCCAUCACGUCGUCGGCGUGGUCACGUCCGGCACGAACAACCGGUACAGGAUGCCGGUGUCGGUGUUCUUGUACGGGCGCGAGAGCGACAGGGCGCACGUCACGCAGCGGCUGCGCAACGGAGGGGUGCGUCUCGGUCUCGCGGACGGCGUCGCGUCGAAAGUGAUCGAGGAGAACCCGCCGGGGUGCCUCUCUCAGAGCGACCGCGAGGACGCGCUCGACGCGUUGUUCGACCGCUUGGAGAAGCAGAAGCUCGUCAAGGCGACGAUGGAGCCGUCCGCGGUCGUCACGAGCCCGAUGUACGCGCAUCAGAAGGAAGCGCUCGCGUGGCUGGUGAGCAGAGAGAACGCGAACGCGUUGCCGCCGUUCUGGACGUGCGACGCGGCGGCGGCGGCGGCGGGGGGCGGGGGCGGAUCGAGGACGGUGUACGAGAACAUUCUGAGCAAUCACAAGACGACGACGCGGCCAGAGUGCUGCCGCGGGGGGAUCCUGGCGGACGACAUGGGGUUGGGGAAGACUCUGGAGAUCAUCGCGCUGAUUGCGACAAACAGACCGGGGUGCUCGCCGUCGACGAACGCCGCCGCCGGCGCGGGCGCGGGCGAGGCCGCCGCCGCCGCCGCGACGGCGACGGCGCCGCCGCCGGCGAAGAAGAAAAAAAACACCAAAACGGCGGGCGGGACCGUCCUCGCGACGUCUCAGGACGCGAUCGGGAGGACGUUCUCCCUCCCGAAAGCGGACGGCCCGAAGACGACGCUCGUCGUGUGCCCGCUCUCGGUCCUCUCCAACUGGGAGAAACAGCUCGAAGACCACACGGACGGGUCGCUCACCUCGUAUCGCCACCACGGGUCCGACCGCUCGCUCGACGCGGCGCACCUCGAAAGACACGACGUCGUCAUCACGACGUACGGAACGCUCGCGUCGGACAUCGACGGCGUUCUCGGCCGCGCGCGAUUCCUCCGCGUCGUGUUGGACGAAGCGCACAACGUGAAAAAUCCGCGCGCGACGCAGACGCUCGCGGCGUACAAGGUCAAGGCGGAUCGACGUUGGGCGAUCACGGGGACGCCGAUCCAAAACAGGCUCUCCGAUCUGCACUCGCUGCUCGCGUUCGUCCGCCUCGCGCCGCUGGACGACCGGCAGUUUUGGAUGCGGAACGUCGAGAAGCCGGUCAAGAUCGGCGACCCGCGCGGGUUCGAUCGGCUCGUCACCACCGUCGCCGCGAUGGCGUUGCGGCGGACGAAGGACCAACGCGACGAGCGCGGGGAGCCGAUCGUCCACCUCCCGAAAAAGACGGUCGUCGUGCAGAGGGUCGAUCUCGACGCGGCGGACAUGAUGCGGUACCGCGCUCGGCUCGCGGCAGCGCAGGACACGAUCGGCGCGAUGCUCGAAGACGGGUCCGUAUUCCGCGAUUACGCCACCGCUUUGGAGCUCAUCCUGAGGCUCCGCCAACUGUGCUGCCACGGCGACUUGGUCCCCGCGGAGAGCUCCGCGGCGUCCGCGGCGCCCGCCGCGGCGCUGACCGAAGACGCGCUGAAACGACUCCUCGACGUCCUGAAACUCGGCGGCCUGGACGACUGCUGCAUCUGUUUAAACACGAUGCACGCGCCGGUCGUCACGCGGUGCGCGCACGUGUUCUGCCGGGGGUGCCUCGCGCCGGCGUUGGAGCGCAAGGCGACGUGUCCGCUCUGCCGCGCGCCGUGCGCCGCGAGGGACCUCGUCGAGGCGCCCGCGGACGAGACCGAGGACGGGACGACGACGACGACGACGACGCGACCGAGCGCGAAGGUGACCGCGCUCGUCGACCGCCUCCGCGCGGACCUCGGGGGCGAGCCGGGCGCCAAAGCCGUCGUCUUCAGCCAGUUCGUCGCCUUCCUCGACAUCGCGCGAGACGCGUGCGCGGCGGCGGGGUUCAAGACGUGCCGCAUCACCGGCGCCGUCCCCGUCGCCGAGCGCGAGCGCGUCAUCCGGUCGUUCCAAUCGAACGCUUCGGACGCGCCCGACGUCGUCUUCGUCUCGCUGAAAGCGGGCGGCGUUGGCAUCAACCUCACCGCCGCGUCCAAGGUGUACAUGCUCGACCCGUGGUGGAACCCCGCGGUGGAGGAGCAGGCGAUGGACAGGGUGCAUCGGCUCGGGCAGACGAAGGACGUGACCGUCGUUCGAUUCGCGGCGACGGACACGAUCGAGGAGAAGAUGCUCGAGCUGCAGCGACGGAAGAGGGAGCUCGCGCGGGCGGCGUUUGAGAAAAAGACGGAGGCG